AACAAAAACGGAGUUCCGGUGUUAGGGGUCGUUUGUAGUGAAGAGUUUUCGUGAUAGGAAAUCGGCCGUAUAUUGUAGAUACAUGAACGUAAGGACGGCAUAACAAAAAAAAUACAAGCACAGGAGAGAAUAGCAAAUGAAAAUAUAGUUAUGUUGCAAAUAAACUGAAGCUGGCCUUUAACCACCACUGAAUCCAGUAUGUGUGAGGUGCAGGCCACUGUGGAAUUUUCUGUAGAGCUCCACAAGUUUUACAAUGUGGAUCUAUUCCAGAGAGGGUUCUAUCAGGUCCGUGGCAAUAUGAAAGUACCUCCUCGGGUCCCUCACAGGAUAGAGACCAGUCUCCUUCAUCCCACAAAUUCAGAUAUGGUCGUUCCGGCAUCUGUGCAAGGUGAUGUCAUCUACAGCAAAACCUUUCAGAUUCUCUACAAGAAUGAAGAAAUAGUAGUCAAUGAUGUUCUCAUAUUUAAGGUGAUGAUGCUACUAGAUGAGAAGAAGGUGGAAGAGUCCUUAAAUGAUAUGGAUUUUCAGCUCUCUCUGGACCUCUACUUUGCAGAUGGUGAUUACAUGCCAGAGGAUUCUAGGUCACUGCAGAGUAUCAGCAGUCGGACUUUGCGAUUGCAUUUUAGUCUCCAUAGAGGCAUGCACCAGCACAUCAAUGUCAUGUUUGACUACUUUCACCUAUCGAUCAUCUCCGUCACCAUCCACGCCUCUCUGGUCGCACUGCAUCAACCCCUCAUUAGUUUCCCCCGGCUUGGGAAAAGCACCUGGCUAAACCGCAAUGUACCAGCACAGGGCAAAGACCUCCUGAUCCCCACGCUGGAGAAUGUGGUAUUUGGCUGCACCUAUGUCAAGCAGCUGUCCCAAGAUGGCAAGACCUUCCUGGUGUCAGAUCAGUGUCUACAGCAUGCCUACAACUUGCACCAUAGCCUGUGUGCCAGCUUGCUGCUGGCCUACCAGGGCCUCUUUGAGUACUUCAUGACGCUUACCAAGAGUCUCCCUUCCUCUCACCGCAUGGAGCUUGCCAAGCCCAGCAUGCAAGUCCUUUAUGAGCGAGUUCUAAGAAGACCUUUUCCCAGGGGCCAAAGGCACAUCCACAUAGAAAAACUGGAUGUGGAAGCCCGUCUCCAUGAGCUUUGUGAACAUGUCAAGCAGAAGGCAGAGAGCCCAGAUGAGCUUGCUGAAAUGGUUAAUAUGAAUCUUGCACAGUUAUGCUCUCUGCUGAUGGCUCUGUGGGGCCAGUUCCUGGAAACAGUCUCCCUGAAUGACAGUGUUAGGGCACUGAUGGCCCAAGAACAUCAUAUCCUUCGGGUACAGCGAUUUUCUGAGGCUUUCUUUUGCCUUGAGCACCCUAGACAGGCUGCACUGGCCUUCCAGGAGUUGCAUGCACAUAGCCACCAGCAGAUGACUGGAGUCAUUAAGAACUCAUCGUACUUUCUUUCUCUACCACCACUUCCUGUGGAAUGUGCUGAACUAGAUGGAGAUGUCAACUCCCUGCCUGUCAUCUUUGAGGAUAGAUAUCUGGAAUCUGUUAAAGAGGAUAAUGACGGUCCAUGGCUUGGUCUACCCAACCUAAGGAGUGGCUCUGGGCCUACUAAACCAGAUAAACCAGUUCUAAAAGAGCUCCGUGUUGGCAGAGUAGGUGCUCUCAGUGCUUACCCAGAACUCCAUCAAGUUGCUUUAGUCACUAACUGUCACAAGGAGAAUGAGCCUCCUAUAAAAUCCAAGGCCAAGUCCAUCAAAUUGAGGAAGAACACUAAGACUGAGAACUCUAAAAAGCUGAUCAGACAGUCCUCAAAGGACUCUGUGAUUUUGACAGGCUACAAGAACCUGAAGGUCCUUCAUGAUGAACUAGAUGGCAAGUCCAAAGGAGACUUUCAGUGCAGUCAGAAAGAGAAACAAGAAUAUUUGUCUGGAGAUCCCAGCAGAAGAUUAAGCUCCAUGUCCAAAUACUUGAAUCAUGAUGACACAAGAACUUUCCCUAUAGAACAUCUUAUGAAUAACAGCCAGGCUAACACUAGCAUUCAAAGUGACAGUUUCACAGAUCUAAGUUCACAAGCACAGGCAGGUACUGGACCUGGAGCCACAGAGGGCAAAGCAACAGAAGGAGCCAAUAUUAUGGUCAUACCUGCUGGCCUCCAACAUAUUGAGUUCAAACAUAGUGAUACGAACCCCUACCAGGGAGAUAAGGUCACUGUCUUAUUUUCAAGCCCAAGUAAUCGAACACAGACAAGGGGAGCCAUCCCAGAGAUUACACAAAAAGAUUUCUGUGAGUCCAAGCCGCAACAUGGAGAGAAUGAUGGUAACCGAGAGAUCGUGGAUACGGGGUCAGAUUGCGCUACCACACUGAGGAGUUACUGUUUACCAAGUGCAGCAUCAAGACUCUCAGAUUCAGGCAUUGAGAGUGAGCCUAGUUCUGCCACAUUGCUAGUACCAGGUCCUCAAACUGUUUCCAAUUUUGCUGAUAUGAAUCUAGAUUGGGUCUCACUACAUGUUAAGCAGACCACUACUAAGUGUCAGAGUGUUGCCUAUAAGCCAUCUCAUCUCAGUAUUGCUUCAAAAGGGUCCAAUGGACCAGAAGGGCCAAACCCUGAGAGUACUAGUGGUGUGAGUGGCGUACAGUCUUCUCUCACCUCCAUAAACUCACUUCCAUUAGAUGAUGAGAUGGAGGCUGAGGUUCCAUGCCGAUUAUCCAGUGUCAUUGUGCAGGAGCAGGCCUUGGUUUUCUCUGAUAGAUCUGAUAUCAGUAUCCCUUUCCAUGCCACCAGUCCAACCAGGUCCUUAGCUCACCAAGAAGCCUCCACCUGCCAUGUUGAUGAUCCAGUGUUUCACACGGAUGAAGCCUCUGUUCUUCUGUCCCUCUGUAAAGCUUUUGCUUCUCACAAGAUAUCUGAUUCUGCCAAGCUUGGAACCCCUGUGGGGCAAGAUAUAGGGCUGGGGGUUGGCAUUGAUAUGCAUAUUGCAGCACACUCUAGUACAUCAGCCACCAGUAGCACAGACUUGGUAAAGAAAGGCUUAGUAGAGAAUUAUUUUGGUUCAUACUCAAGCACUGAUAUUUCUGAGAUAAGCCCAGAGGAAACGCCAGCAAUUAUGCUGGGCAUUCAGACAGGUGUCCAUUCCACUGAAGAAGAAGAAGAAGUAGAAGAUGAGCCAAACCAUGAGAUGAUAGAAAAUGGCUACUAUGAGGAGACAGAUGAGCCAGUCUAUGUCAUUGGUCUGCCAGAAUUGAAGGGAAGAAGUGGAGAGGUGAAUUGUUGUGGGACCUUAGAAUGUAGGAGCCCUUUUUAUGUGCAUAGGAAUUUGAGUAUGCAUUACCCCUGGAUCUACCUGCAAACUCAACCCCCCAAACCACUGCGGACCAGUACAAUUCUGCACUGGUAUGAGAGCUCCCCUCCUGCCCAGAUGAAAGUAUUUGCCCAGGCAAGAGAGGAGCUGAAGAAGCUUAAGCUGCCAGGAUUCUUGUACAGUGAAGUGGCUGAGUUGGCUUCAACUGUGCCAUAUUUUAGCCUGGAGGAGGAUGAGAGCUGUGAUGAGGGUGUUCACCUCAUUGUGUGUGUCCAUGGCCUGGAUGGUGAGGCUAGACUCAUAAAUGCAUGCUUGAGUGCUACAGUCAGGGGCAGACUUAGUGUGGUGGGGGUGCCUGAAUUUGAACUAUUGUUGGGGCCCUAUACCUACACCAUGAUGUGAAUCUACAACUGCUCCAGCCAGAAAAUCAAGACAACACAAAACAGUAACUACUACAACAAAAUCAAGUACUGUAGUUACUGAGCAGUGAGACACAGAGAGGCAGUGUCAACCCUAAUGGAUAGUAACUAAAGCACAGCAAGUGAAUCACAAAAUAGAAACUGAGAGAGACAUGUGGUAAAGCUUAAGUUAUAAUUAAUAGGUAUCAUAAGAUAAGAUUACAAAGGUGAGCAAAUUAUUUAUCAGAAAUGUGUGUUCGUUAGAAAGAAAAUGAAAGAGAUUACAAUGUACCAAAUGGUACAACUUGUUUUGGUGCAACAUUGUCAACCUUGCAGAAAAUAUCACAGUGACAUCGGAUUAUCAAACAAUUUAUGAUUACUUGGUACCCCCUAAUUGUAUCUGAUUACCAUUUUUCUGUUUCACUCUCAUUGUCCAUGCACUGAAGGUGCUGUAACCCUAUUCCUUUUUGUUUGGGUUUUUCUUAUCAGGGGUCCAAGUGCUGAAACACUGCUGCGAUAGCUUUUCUUAGGAUGUUUUUCUUCCUCUUAUUAUUAAUUUUCUCACAUAAAACUAAUUGUGCAGCCAAAACCAUAAUACAUGCCGGCAUGUAACUUUUGGUAGGUACAAUAUAUCAAAAACUACUAAAAUGAAAUAACGAAUUUUUUCCUCUUGGUGGGUGUAUAGUGCAAGCUUUUUUUGGCACAUUUCUCAAGGUGUACAUUAUAAAUUCUUCCUCUUAUUCCUUGGCUUCAGCCAAAUUCAUGCCCAUUAAUUUCUGUGAAGGUUUUUUUGCUCAUUUUUAUUAGCAUAAACGACAACCUAAUCAAAGGAUUUUGGGCCGGUAUUCACAAAAUUGGUGUUAAACUACUCAGCAGAGUGUGAUCCUCAAUAAUUAUCAAAAAUAUGUUGAGAUUUUUCCACAAUAUGUCCGCUACAUACCAAUUGAUUCUUGGAGGGUGGAGCCUAAUUUACUUAUGAUUUCAUGCAUGAAUUCAUACAAAACAUAAGUCAUAUAUAGGACAAAAUUCUGAAGCCAUAUGUAAAGCUUGGGGUGUGGCCAUACAAGAGGGGCAGAGCAAGGCCAGUCAAACUCAAGUUUGGUAUACUGCAUCUUUAAACUAAUCUGUAAGUGGAUCUUUGAUGAUCUGAUUAGUUAAAAAAAACAUGGGCACCGUGUUACCUGCACAUAUACAUCAGUGUUGGGAAGUUACUUUAAAACUGUAGUUUUUCAAACUCUUUAUGCAAAAUUAUAAAGAUAAUUCAGAACAAUUAUGAAUUUAUAGUCUUGUUUUAUUAUGGACUACAAUUAUGAAAAUAAAAAUAAUUAAAAAAUACAAUUAAUACUGAAUAACUAUAUUAGACUGAAAGUGAAAGAUUUAAGUGAGACAUGUGUCAAGUGAGACAAUCAAAGUGAGAUUUUAAUUAUUGUUUAAUAGGGCUGUUCAUUGAUUAAAAAAUGUAACCAGUUAAUCACACAAUUUGUUGUGAUUAAUCAUAAUUAAUCUUUUUUUCUUCUUAAGACAAGCUUUUUAAUAAUGGAUAUUUAAAUGUAAAAUCACAUAAUGUAGAAUCAACACAAAGGAAUUAUGGUUAAUUUCGAUUAGUAUUGUUUAAUAGCGUCUUUUUUUUUUUUAAGCUUGUAACACAGAUUCUCUCCUGUGAACUUAUAUGCACUAAUAUGCAUUAAUAUUAACAACAAAAAAUGUGUUCCAAAGUCAAGUGGUUUUAACUAUCCAAUUAUCCAAAGCAUUAGUUACCUUCCCAUGUACCGGUUUCAUUAUUCGCCGACAAGUACCGCACUCCUGUAAUAUAGAUUGGCGAAGCCUCGUUUAGGUAGUUUCGGUGUGGUGUUUUGCUCUGAGGUGUUAUGUCAAAGACUAAUUACUUCUGUGGUAAUUCAGUUCGGCUUUGCGAACUGUGCUGAUUACUUUUGUUUUCUCCAAAGAUCCGUGGGCAGUUUUUAAAAGUGGAAAUUUCUGUAGGGCUUUACAUUAACCAUUGUCCUUUAGACAAAUAAAUUUGUCAUUCACUUGUCUAAAUAAAUAGGUUAUUUGCCCGGAGAGAAAAAAGGGCAUUCAUUUUAAUUUUGGUGUAAAUAUAAUUAUUUGGAAGCACUAUACUCUCAUUAGUGUACUAUCAGCUCAUAACACUUUAUUUGAGCCAUUCCAGAUUAAACAGCACCACACCAAACAGUGAUGUAGCUGGCAACAGCACUGUUGUGGUCCUGGAAAGAAGCAAACGCAUUAACUUAAUUUUUCAAAUCAUUUUUGCUUUCAUGUUGUGCUGGUGGCGUUUGCUUUUGUCAUGGGACAGAAGUGUAUCAUGCCUGAAGGCACUUGUCCCCUUGACGUUGCUUUAAAUUCACUAAUAGUUACAUGCUCAAGCAACAUGUCAAAGUUUCUGUUUCUAUGUUGUCUAAAAUUAUGAAGGACAACUUAAUAGUACAUAUGCAAUAAACUAGAUUCUCUGUGGCAGAAAAGUAAACUUACACUGGCUGGUGAUGUGUAGAGCUGUUUAUCCCUCCGGGUAGGGAUAAAUUUUUUGAUAAAUAACCUGUUGGAUUCUGUGGUCCUUUUUGUUGAGUUUGAUGCUUUACCAGUUUUCAUUUAGAAAAUAAAAAUGCAGCACUUCGCUGCUGUUGCCUGAGGUAAAGUUUUCAGGGUAAAGUUUCCAAACACCUUUUCGGGGUGGCUGUGGCUCAGUUGGUAGAGCGGGUUGUCCACUAAUCGUAGGGUUGACGGUUCGAUUCCCGGCCCGCGUGACUCCACAUGCUGAAGCGUCCUUGGGCAAGACAUUGAACCCCAAGAUUCUCCCGAUGGCAAGUUAGCACUUUACCAUUUAAAGUUGAAUCGUAUCUGAUUGG